ACCUUUUAGUGCUUCAUUCGGUGACUUGAAUUCAGCAAGGCACAUUAGCUACCUCUCCUUAAUCCACUACUUUCAAACAAAAGAAUAAUGUCUGACUUUGAGUCUUCAGAUUCAGAGUAUGAAACGGAUCUAGAUGUUUAUUCGAGUGGUCCUGAGUUACCGUUUAAUCCGAGUAUGAUCGAAGAUCUUAUUCUGUCGAUCACAGAUAAGUUUAAUUUUCGCGUGGUGAUGAGCGAUAGAAGAGUAAAGAACGCUGUGCUGGUGACCACUGGUCUGUCAGUCGCUGGAGCGUUAAUUGGAAAAUAUUAUGGAGGGAAGACAGGUGCUGUUGUUGGGGGUGCCGUCGGUGGUGUGUGCGGACUUGGAGUUGUUGCAGUCACCAUGAGAGAAAUCUGGCAAGAGAUAAAGGGGAAACUGCCUGAACUCUAUGAAAUAGUCUAUGACUACCUAGCUGGUCUAGGUUUUGAUGAUUACCAUAGAGCAAUAAAGUUUGUUCUUCAGCAUAGUGGUGCUACUACUCAAUUAGGUAUGCUCAUAUUGCAGAUCACUUCUGAUACUUUAGGUAAAAAGAUUCUUUCUAGUUUCACACCUGCUUAGUUUCACAUGUUUGCUUUGAUAGUUUACAUCCAAGGAUUUUGAAUUAUUGAUAUAUUAAGAUUGUUAAUGCUACUGUAUAAUUGAAGUGAAUUGUUUGCGGAAUUAAUGUACCUAUUAUAUUAAGAUAAGUGUAUCUAACGUAGGUAACUUUUUUACAUAAAUGACCCUGACAUAUAUAAAAAU